AGGAUAUGGAUCUGAUAGAAGUCUUAUGGAAGCAGGAUGUUGAUCUUGGUUUUUCUGUUGAAAAUGCAGCUCCAAAACCUGAAAAGCCAGAUGUGGAAAUUGAAAAUGCCACGCAUAGCACAGAUGAUAUCGAGAAGCUCAAGACCUUACAGGCCAUCAACAAAGAUAAAGAUGUUAAGGAGGAACCGGAAGAAGAUCCAGAUCCAUGGGCAGGAUUAGACUACACAAUCGACACCGAAACUGGUGAGUGA